UGGCAUGAAUCGUGUACAGUCUUCAGAGGACGGACGCAACUCAGAAUUCCUGACACAUGAGGGCUCACUGCUCAGCAUCAUUCAGCGACUUUCCAUCCGAGCCAUGCGCGAAUUAUUCCAGUGAGGCAUUGUCACCGAUGCCGUCUUCCUAACAACGACUGACGGACAAACUAGCACUAGCUCCCUUGCUCUCAUCGAUCUCCAUUUUCAAACUUGAAAGCUAACCACGAUUCCUCUCCUUCUUCGUCGAGUCACUCGACCGUCUCGCCCCGGCUGAAAGCUCGGACAGCCAUGGGUUCCUCUUCAUUCGUGACGCUGCUGCACAUGACGACGGCCGCCAUCCAGAUCGGCAUGAACCUGAGUCCAGCCCCAGACAUGUACCGGGUGCACAAGUUCAAGACGACGGGGCAAAUGGCGUUGCUCCCGCUUGUGCUCAUGUGCUUCAACAACCACUUGUGGCUUCUCUACGGACUACUAACCGGAAGCUACUUCCCACUAUGCGCUGCGGCGCUGGUUGGCGAGAUCGCGGGGAUCAUCUUCACUACCGUCUACUACCGCUACGCACGCAACACCCUCGAGGCCUGUCGGACCUGCAGCGCUGCCUUCUUUGGUGUGGCUCUGGUUACGCUGUACGUUGUGCUGGGUAUCACUGGCAAGACCGGCCAGACAUUCGAUCAAGUGGUGCAGUCACUGGGAUACGUCGGUGCAGCCAUCAAUAUCUGCAUGUACGCGUCGCCAUUGGCUACGAUCAAGGUCGUAUUGGAGACCAAGUCGUCGGCUUCGUUGCCUAUCAACCUGUGCACUAUGAUCUUUCUCAAUUGCUGCAUGUGGGUGGCUACGUCUAUCGUGGACAACGACAUGUUCGUGUUGAUUCCGAGCGUCAUCGGUCUCGUAUUCAGCGGCGUGCAGCUCCCGCUCUACUUCAUCUACCGCCCUACCACUCCAUACGUGGACUUGGAUGCGCAAUUGGAAGAAGGUUACGGCAUCAAGACCGUCGACAGCUUCAAGCAAGACCUCGAUCUGGGGAGCGGGUUGCCCACAACGUACCGCACCGUGCGUCCGUCUCGUGUGGCGCGGUUCGCGACCUACACGUACCAGCGCGCGGAGGGAACUCCACUCACAGUGGGAAGUAUUCCCUCGUUCUCCGCUACUGAGGAGAGUCCGCAUUUGUUCGGCGAGCGUACUCCAAUGAUGACCCCGGAUUCGCUGCAGUUCUCGUGGGAUGGCGACGAGCUCAGCGACCUCGAGAUGCCGCCGCUAAUCUUGACGCCCAUUGCAGCGUAAAAUGCUGCAAUGCAGGCAGCUUAAUGACGUGAAAAUUCACACCAGUCGAUUGUCAACUUUGAAAUUGAAGAAUUCCCACGACUGUAAAAAAAAUAAGAAGAAGGAUAAGGCAAAUGUGAAAAACAAAUACAACUUUCCCUUCUGUAAAGUCUUGCA